AUGCAAAAGUAUUGCUUCUCUCUUCUGAGGAAAUUCUACCGAGUGCAAAAGUACGUAUCGGCAAAGGAGGGUCGUUCCACACCCGCUGGAAUAGCUAGAAUUCGAACUAAAAAUCGACAAAGUUUAACUUUCUGUAAAAGCAUAAUGGAAGGGGGAACAAAAGAGAUGAACGAUAAGGAGGGGAACCACGUGGUGAACGCAGCUGACGAAGUGAGUGAUAAGAAAAAGGAGAAAAAAGCAAAAAAAUUAGCAGAGAAAGAGAAGAAGCUAGCCAAGAAGGCAGAAAGGGAGAACCUAAAAAAUGAAGCAACCAAAAUUUUGGAGCACGUCUGUGAGGAUAUAGAAAAGGACAACUAUGGAUUUGUUAAAGUUAGCAAAAUAAAGGAAAAUAAAGACGACAUAAAGUUGCUGAAUUUGGAAGAAAUAUACUACACAUUGAUGAAGGUAGCAGGAAAUGCGACUGUAGAUAAUGGAAAAAGGGAAGACACAUCUACCCCCUCUGUAGUAGCGGAGUCCGGUAAGGAGCAUCUACUCCAAGGUGAUAUCUGGGUUAGAGGGAGAAUCCAUGAUAUCAGGAGCAAAGGCUCGUUAGCCUUCAUAAUUUUGAGACAAAAGCUGUACUCCAUGCAGUGUAUACUAGACAUAAAAAAUAACGACAACGACAAGAACAUGAUGAAGUGGGUAAGCAACCUUCCACUGGAGUCCAUCGUAGAUAUAUAUGGAAAAUUAACAAAGCCAGAAGUACCAAUCGAUAGCACCAAUAUAAAGUAUGAAGUACACAUAAAAAAAAUAUUUUGCAUAAGCAAGACGACAAAGGAGUUGCCGUUUUUGUUGAAGGACGCAAAUAUGAAAGAAACAAAUGAGGAAGGAAGUAUUAAAGUUAAUCAAGACAAUCGGUUAAACAACAGAUGUAUCGACUUGAGGACUUAUGCAAAUUAUAGUAUCUUCUGUCUGCAGUCACAAAUCUGCACCCUUUUUAAGAAUUUUUUACUAAAAAAUAAUUUCAUCGAAAUACAUACUCCUAAAUUGCUAGGCGAAAGCAGUGAAGGAGGAGCCAACGCUUUUCAAAUUAACUAUUUCAAUCAGAAAGGUUUCCUUGCACAAUCCCCUCAACUGUACAAACAAAUGUGUAUUAACUCCGGAUUUGAUAGGGUAUUUGAGGUGGCCCCAGUUUUUCGAGCGGAAAAUAGUAACACCUAUAGACACCUCUGUGAAUACGUAUCCUUAGACAUAGAAAUGACCUACAAAUAUGACUUUUUGGAAAACGUCUUUUUCUACGAUUCAUUAUUUAAACAUAUUUUCACUGAGUUAACAAAAGGUGAGAAGAGCGAAAUGCUUAUUAAGACUGUAAAGGGCCAAUACCCAUGUGAAGAUUUUCAAUGGCUAGAGGUGACUCCAAUUUUUACUUACGAAGAAGCUAUAAAAAUGCUAAUACAACAUAAUAAACUCGAUUUGAAAGACGAAGAUAUUUUAUCCUACGAUAUGUCCACUGACAUGGAAAAGGAAUUAGGAAAAAUUGUUAAAGCCUCUCAUCAUACCGAUUACUACAUCAUAAUUAACUUCCCGUCAGCGUUGAGACCUUUUUAUACUAUGUACAAGGAAGACAAUCCAGCCAUCUCCAAUUCGUAUGAUUUUUUUAUGAGGGGGGAGGAGAUUUUGUCUGGGUCGCAACGAAUUAGCGAUGUAAAUCUAUUGCUGGAAAAUAUCAAGCGCUUUAACUUGGACGCGAGCAAAUUAAAUUUUUACAUCGACUCAUUUGCCUACUCGUCCUACCCACACUCUGGCUGCGGCAUUGGCCUCGAGCGCGUCCUCAUGCUCUUCCUGGGUUUGAACAAUAUCCGCAAGACGUCGCUCUUCCCGCGGGACCCGAAGCGACUCAUCCCAUGA